UUCAUUAAUACAAUAACUAUCUCUUCCCUAGUGCGAAAGUAACAUCUUAACUAUUCAGUGUAUUAUUAUAAAAAACGAUAAUAGGUCUGGCAAUGUGCGUGCCUCCCUCCCCCAGUUUGGUAUAAAAUCAAUCUCAUUUUUUUGGACGUGAUAGACAACAUCGUCAGGCAGUCUUAUUUACUAAUUUUUACACUUCUUUUUAAUUCAACAGUAAUCCGAAACUCUGGUCAGCAUGCCUUGGUCCAAAGUCCGCGAAGGAAGAUAUGAGCGUGCCAUUGGUGAGAACGAGAAGUUCAUCAAGAUCAUUGGAGACGCCGCUCUUCCACUCAAUCGCGAGCACUGGGCAAUAAAUAUCCUCGCUGCUAUCAGGCCUAUCGGCUCUCUCGCCCAAGAAAACCUUUCAUCUCUCUUUUGUGAAGCCUGGAAGCUACUUCGUUUUAAGCAUCCGACUAUAGCCGCGUACAUCGUUGAUGAAACGACCUAUGUCUACGACGUCCCUGACGGUGCAGCUCUUGAGAAGUGGGCUUCGGAAACGUUCAAGGUGGUCGAGGAAAAGACCGCUGAUGAACUAAUCGCUUCUAUUGCCGUUAGUCCCUACGCUACUAUGUAUUAUCUUCCCAAGACAAACGAGUUACUGGGACACUGGCAGCAUUGGCGAACAGAUGGCGUCGGCGCCUUCCUUCUUACAGAUGACUUCCUUACGCUGGCAACUUCGUCCCCGCCUCCAGAGGCCUCCAAUUUGCCGUGGGGUGAGGAAGUAGCUCGGCUUGCACCAUCGAUCGAAGAGGCUGCGGGUCUUUCGGCUAACCCCUCGGAAGUCGACAAAGAAAUAGGCGCAAAGUGCGUUGGAAGCUUCGGCCAUGCGGCUGGUGCCAUCGGUAUAUCCUCGCCCGCCCCGCCAGAAACUCUCCCUGGUGGUACAAAAUUUGCCCGUCUUCACCUGACGGAGCAAGAGACUAAGAAAGUAAUCCAGGCUUGUAAAGCACGUAACAUCUCCGUGACGGCUGCUGUUCAUGCCUCGAUUGCCACUGCUAACUACACGCUCGCCGCAUCUGGAGAUCAAGAUAGGCAUUACACUAGCACGAUCCGGUAUAGUUUCCGUCCAUUCUUACCAAAACCAUAUUCGGGCCGGGAAUACGCAGCGACAAUUUUCACUACCGGAUGGAUGGUUCCUGUGCCGGCGGCCUCAUCAUGGGAGGAGAGAGCUAAAAUCUACCACACCGAGUACCGUAAAGGCCUAAGCAAAGAAUACAUCUCAGCGCAUCGUGAGUACGCUAUAGGACUGUGCAAGCUCCUUCGUAGCCUGCCUGCAGGAGCCCCGUCACCAACCGACGUCGACAUCAGCAGUCUUGGGGUGGCAGAGCGUCUUAUAGACAGGGAAAAAGGCACUUCCGAGAGAGGAAUCCACAUCGAAAGGGUGUCAAUAGGCUUGGAGAUAGUGAAUAGGCAGUGUGUGUGCCAUGUGUGGACGUUUCGCGACCAGCUGUGCCUAAAUUUGGUGUACAACGAGGCCUUUUACGAAAAGGCAGCUAUGGAUGGCUUUGUGAAGUGCGUUAGGGACUCUUUGCUUGAAGAAUUGGUGGCUUAAAUUCAUCAAGCCUAACCAGCAUAGCUUGACACUACCUUUCAGUUACUCUGUGAGGUUCAGCAGUGUCAAUUUCAUGCAUGUUGCUGGUUCUACCACAUUAUCUAGUGAUCGCCUGGACUGAUGUCUAACGCCCGUCCAUGCUGGAUUAUAGUAUCCAGAUUGGGGGCAAUCUUAGAAGUAACUCUCUAACUUGCUCUAGAGACUUCGAGCUCCGUAGGAUUCCUUUGUAAAUCGCUGCACAUGUCGCGAGAUUCUACACCUCCUUGGAAAGCACUCUGUCUGACUUUCUAUGCAUUAAAACAAAAUGAGUUUAGUGACAAAUUCGAUUAGAUUGAGAUACAAAUCUAAAUUAUAA